AUGAUAGCCAUGAAUCUACCGACGGAGCGGGCAAUCAGCAGCUGUUUGUGGCACGUGGCGCCUCCUAUCUUGCUCGUGCUUGGAACCAUAGGGAACAUCAUAUCAAUCUACGUGCUAAACCAGCGGGUCCGAACCUCCACCUCUAUCUACCUUUCUGCUCUCGCCGUCUGCGACUUGUUCCUGCUCUACACUGGCCUUGGGCGAGAGUGGUCCAUACAUGUGUUCGGGUUUGACGUACGUAGCGUUAGUGAGGCGAUGUGUAAAAUGCACUUCUUCUCUGUGACAUUUAGUGCACAGUUGACAUCCUGGAUAUUGGUGGCGAUAACCAUUGAACGAGUGAUCAGUGUGCGGAUGCCGCAUGUCGCCAAACGGGAAUGUACAAAGCAAUGUGCAAUUAUUGUGUUGUUGGCCGAAGCAGUAGUGUUGAUGCUUUUAGAUGGCCACAUUCUGUACGGCGUGUCGAUAAAUUCACGGCAAGCAAGGAAUUAUACAUUGACAAAUGGAACAAAUGGCAACAUGUCGCUCCAUGGUUUUGAUAUUAGGUGUGAACCAAGUGUUGAUGAUCAAUCGUACGAGAACUUCAUGAUAUAUGUAUGGACCUGGAUUGACUUCUGUUUUGUAUUUAUGAUUCCUUUUCUGGUAUUAUUAACUGGAAACCUUAUCAUAAUUAACAACAUCAAACGAAGUAGGCAAUUCCGUAGGCAAGCAAUGACCCUGGCCUAUUACCCACGCCGCAUUCGACCCAAACCGCCAAAACCGAUCCUCUCCUUGACGGCCAUCUUGCUGACCUUAAACACGGUGUUUUUCAUAUGCGUGGGUCCGAUCAACAUUUUUUCCAUUGGUCAAUUCUACUGGUGGCCAGCUGACGUAACAGACGAAGUCGCGGAGUUAAUAUGGGCAGUGGUAGCCAUUUUGAUGUACACGAAUAAUGCAGUGAAUUUCAUUUUGUAUGUAUUUUGUGGCUCGGAGUUUCGAACGGAGGUGAAAUGUUUGUUACUUAAAUGUUUUGCCGUUCAUCCCGGCACGCCAAAGGCCGCCUACAGGCACGGUGUCACACAUCUGUUGUCAGUGAACUUUUCUUUUGAGCAAAGUCGCUCCUCUAGUGUUUGA